AUGAACCUGAGGGAGGAAUGGCCUCCAGCCUCCAGGGCCCCCGGAACCAGGAAUGCUAAGAUAGCGCGGGCGGAUGACGAGCCUCUGGAAAACUUCUUCAGCAGCAGCCAGCAGCAAACUCAUGCUCCAUCCCGCCUGCCUUCCGGUCAGCCGCCUGUCACCUCACCUGAGGUCUCCUCCUCCCCGGCCUCAACUCUGUCCGACCCCGUUUCCGUCGACAGCCUGCACCCUGCGUCUCCCGAAGUCCCUCGUCACCACCAACCACCACAGGACCCUCCACCCCCCAUCCACCUCAUCUGCCAGGCCCAUCUGCUGUAUCUUGGCACCCUCCAGCCUCCACCUGCCAGCAUCAUCAACAACUCAUUCGAGAGACCUGUGAACACGAGACACAUAUCUGCCAGACCAGCAAGUCAGAGCUGCAAGACGGCCGACAGCUUCCUGCGAGCCUUGCCCCAGCCGGAAGUGGAAGCCUACGUGAGCCUCGGCUGGGCCUUGCUUCGUUUCGCCCAGAGCCAGAGUCGGCACGCAUCAGUCAGUGACGGCUGUUUGUCAACUGUCCCGUCUGCCCAAGACGCCCUGCAGCACCUCCGCCUUGCCACUUCACCUUCGAUACCACCGAUUGUUCGACUGGUCCUCGGCACGCCCACCCUCUCAACACCCGCUGCCUUCUCAGCUUUCCCAAGUCUGACUGCAACUCUUGCUGUGUCUGAGCUUGGGGCAGACCAGGCGCGCGUUGAAUACUCGUUUCGUUCCAAGGCGUAUACACACGUACCAGGCUUGAUGACGGACCAUCAGCCCGAGAUUACGGCCACUGCCGACCUCACGCCCGAGUCGCCCAAGCCCAUCAACUUGUCCUCGCCAAUGGCCGUUCCCACACUCCAGGAUCAAGCCGAUAGUCUGUCCACCAUGGGCCUGUCUCCCACCCUAGAUCGUGCCGCUCCCGCCGGCACUGCCAACGAGGCCCACGUACCACCCAGUGUUCCCAGCACAGCCCAGGAUCUCUCCAGCAGCUCGACCAAUGACGCGUUAACUCGAGAUGCUGUCGACGCCAGCCAAAGCCAGGCCGAAUAUACAGAGAACGCCGAUGAGGGAUUGGGCUUGGGACAGAGCACACAGACAGACGCAGAGCAUACUAGAAAUUCCGAUGCUUCGAACCCCAGUUCCGGCAAUGCUGAGCAAGAUGCGCCCUCCAGUGACAGUAACGCUGUGACAUCUGAAGCGGUAGACGCCAAUGCUGCGAACCGAGAUGCUUCCAUUCUUCAGCCUGACCAGGCAAGCACAUCUGGACAAGAUCCUACUCCGAGUGCGCUUGCUCCAUCACAUCCACAGCCAGCACAAGAUGCCACAGAAUCCGAUGCCACAGCCAUGCCGGCCGAGACCUCACCCCAGGACCAGAGCGCUGCAGCUACAUCUGCUUCAAACGAUGCGUCUUCUACCGGGGAGGGCAUCGAUAUCCAGGCGUUGGUCGACAAGAUCACGGCCAGUAGUGCUGCUGCAGAGCCCACCACCGAGGCCAUAAAUCCAACAACACCUGGUGGCGCCAGUGCCCAAUCAUCGUUACCACCAAAGCCGCCCGCUUCUCAGCAGCCCAGUGCCGCGGAUCUGCGUGCUGAAGAGAUCCGUCGAUUCCCGUCCAACGUGGCCCAGCCUCUUCAACAGGGCACCUCCAUGUCUUAUUCUUAUCCUGCUCCCGGAACCGUAGCCGAUGCCCCUGGUUACAAUCCUUCUCAAGUAUAUGCUGAUCCAGGUGCCUCCAUGUCCAUAACCCCUCAAUAUGGCGUUUCGCCUACCUCUGCUACCAACCCCCAAAGCAGUAGCCAACGGUGGGAUGACUUCCUGAAGGAAGAACGGAAAUACGUGUCAGAGGCCAAAUGGGAUAGGUUCCCGGAUGGCUCGCGACUGUUCAUUGGAAAUCUCUCUAGUGAGCGCGUGUCGAAGCGGGAAGUAUUUGACAUCUUUUCUCGCUACGGUCGCCUUGCUCAAAUAUCCUUGAAGCAAGCUUACGGCUUUGUGCAGUAUCACACUGUCGUUGAGGGCCAAGCCGCCAUGGAUGCUUUGCAGGGCAUCGAGAUCAGUGGCCGAAAAAUUCAUCUCGAGCUCUCCCGAGCACAGAAGAAGGAUGGCGAUAACGACAGGCGUGGGAACCGUGGCAGCAGAGGCGGCAAUGAACGCGGCCGUGACAACGAUCGCUACGACGGCCGCCGCAAGGACGGUUACCGGCCACGAUCGCCGUCGCCCGCUCGCGGAGGUCACAAUCGCCAGGACUCGUACGGUAGAGAUCGUGGUCACUGGGAGCCGCCGUCCAACUACUCCCGCCGAGGUCGAUCGCGGUCACCUGGACCCUACACAGGAGGCAAUUAUCGUCAACGCAGCCCGAGUCCUCACCGCCGAGGCCCUCCGACAUCUGAGGCAGACUUGGACAUCCCCCGUAGGUACGGAGGAGAAGUUCCCGAUGUCCAACUGCUCUUACUACAGGAGGUAAACCGGGACUUUGUCACUUGGGUUCAGGGUGCCUUUUCCCAACGGGGCCUCAAAGUUGAUGUCAUGUUCGUAAACCCUCGACUUCCCCGAGACUUAGUCAUUCAGCGGCAGGUUGUAGAGGGCGUCUUAGCUGUCUGCGAGCUAGACUUCCGCACACAAGGGCUGGCCAAGAUUCCGCUGCAGACGUACGACAGAUCUGCGGGUCGACACAACACACGAUAUGACCAGUACCAGGACCUUGACCCGCCGAUUGCAGCUGAGAUCGUACUUCGCAUCAAGUCACAGGCUCAGCAACCAUCUCCUGCCGGCUACGGCGGUGGCUCUUACCCUCCGGGCGCUUAUGCGUCCGCUCCGCAACCGCAGUAUGCACCCCAGCCGCACCAGGCCUACCCUGCGGCUGCUCCUGCGAACCUGAAUCUCGGUGGACUGGACAAUGCGACUUUGCAGAAGGUGCUCUCAGCGAUUCAGGGCGCCCCACAGGGUGGUACCUCCGCUCAUAUGGGCGCCGUAGCUCCUGGGGUCGACGUCAAUGCUGUUUUGAAUGCCCUCAGUGCUAAUGGCGCAGCUGCCGCCCCCAGUCACCAACAGCCGAUGGCAUAUCCUGGGGCAGCGGCCCCGUCCAUACCCGGUAACCCUGGAGCUGCUCCCGGCAAUCCUGCCGAUCAAGCGCAUGUUCAAAAUAUCAUGGCCCAACUGUCCAGAUAUAGGCAGUGA